AUGAUUGGCCGAUUUGAUUUCUCAAAUUCUUAUCGGGUGGAAGCUCGUGGUUUUAGCGGUGGGAUUUGGAUUCUGUGGAAUGAUGAUAUCUGGGUCGAUAUACUGACGAUUUCGAAUCAGUUUAUCUAUUGCGUUGUCUCUUCAGCUGCUUAUCUGACUCCCCUAUUUGUUAUAGUGGUUUAUGCUAGUCCUUCCAUCUCUUAUCGCAGACUUCUCUGGACUAAUCUUGAGCGGUUAAAUUCGGGUAAUGGUUGUCCAUGGCUUCUUGGUGGUGAUUUUAAUGCCAUUCUUCGACCGGAUGAAAGAAUUGGUGGGGCAAUGAAUCGUGUGGGUACAAGUAACAGCUUUAUUGAUUUUGUUGAUGGUUUUGGUUUAUCAGACUUGGGUUUUAAUGGCUUGUCGUUCACUUGGAGUCGGGGGUCUUUGAAGCAACGUCUUGACCGAUGCUUGGUGAACACUUGUUGGCUUACUGAAUUUUCUGAUUCAGCUGUUUUCCAUCUUGAUCAUCUGGGUUCUGAUCAUCGACCUAUUUUUCUUCUGAUGAAACCUAAAAUACAUGUCCCUAAAAAUCAGACUUUUCGAUUUCUUUUUGCUUGGCGGCAGCACCCUGGAUUCUAA